CUGUUCGUUGGUUAACCUGUGUAACAUGGAUGACUCACCACAAAGGCUGUGGAAAAAUGGCUGCUGCUGCUGGUGGUUGUAAUGUCGCAAGAACAUUUUAAUGCUGCAAACAUUUGUUUGCUGUCAAUGCUGUUUAUCCAUUAAUUGUCUGUGGAAUCGCCCACUAUUUUCUUCAAAGAACAACGACUGUUUUCGCCAAUAAACCUUAAAUUCAUAAAAUGGAAGCAAGAGAAUUCCAGACGGUCCAGACGGGUCCUUUGGUGUCCACCCAUUUUGCUGUUGACUGGUCAGCUGAUGACAGAGUAUCUGUCAUAACAGAGAAGGGACUACAGAUUAUGAAAAUGCGGGUUCCUGCUGGGAGGUCCACAAUCAGAACAAUGAUGUUCGUCUUUGCUGUUCUUCUGGCUGUGCUGCACCCUAUCUCAGCUAAUGACAUUACUAGCCAAGUUUUUGGCUCGGUUCGUGAUGUGCUCCCUGCAGCCUUUGGUGACUUCGAUUCAGAUGAAUUGACUGACAUGUUUGUGCUACGAGACAUGGGAUAUAACGGGAUGGCUGUUGAAAUCAUGCUAGCAUCUAAUGAAGAUCCCCUGCUGCGCCCCAACAAGACACUUCAGUGUAAAUUCCCCAAAUCUAAGGUGACAAGUGUUGUCCCUGGUGACUUUGAUGGAGAUGCUCUUAUGGAUUUGUUAGUCACAGCUUACCCCCUUGGAAGCAGUGCUGCUGAAACAAGGGUUUACAUACUCUGGGGUGGUAUGCAUAGUUUGAAAUGUGUUGAUGAAGAAAAGUUCCUCUUUAAAAUGAGAGGGGAGCCUUUAGCCAUGGACUAUGAUGGGGACAUGAUAAUUGACCUGUUUGGAGCUGAUGAAGUUGGCAACAGGACCUUCUGGAUUUUUUAUUCAAAUCGGACAUUUGAAGCCAAACCUAUGGAAAAAUCUCCGCCUCAUAAACUUCGCGAGAUUCAUUCUCAUGCAUUUUUAGAUGUGAAUGGCGACUUUGCCGCAGACCUUGUUUUGACGUCUACAGAAGGAAUUGAAGUGUGGUACAAGAUAAAUGGUGCAUUCCACCAUAAUCAUACUAUUAAAUACCCUACAAUCACAGCUGGUGAAGGCCAUAUAGGGCAGACGUUAUACCUUGAUGUAGAAAUGAGAGGAAAAGUUGAUUUGGUUGUUCCUGUAUGCUUUGACAGUGAGUGCAAAAAUAGUACCAUAUUUGUGCACUCAAUCAACCAAUCAAAGGAUUGGUAUGACUUGAAAGUGAACUUUAAGGAAAAUGAUAACAAUAUGUGGGGUUAUACACCGCCCAAUGAGAAAUUUUGGUAUACUGAUGCCAUAACACUCAGGGGUGGAGAUUUCAAUAUGGAUGGUUACCCUGAUCUGCUGGCAACAUUGACACUUCAUAGUGCUGGUUCAAAGAAACCAAAAGCAUUCUUACUUGAAAAUGUGCCAUGCUCUGGUGCAAGUUGUGCUCAGUUUGGACGCACUUUUGCUCCCCAAUGGGGAUCCAUGAGCCCCACAAACAUUCAGACUAAUAUGGCAGUGUUUUACGACUUUGGGCAAGAUGGUAUCCUUGAUGUUCUUUUGGUGCAAAUGGACAGUCCUGAUGCCAAUCCUCCCUCUUAUCAAGUUUCUGCUUAUAAAAACAGCUUGGACUAUGAUGCCAACUUUGUUAAGGUAAUGGUGCUGACUAAAAGAAAUGGUAGCCAAACUCCUCCUAACCGAAACCCUCUGAGCAAGAAGAAAAUCAAAACGUUUGGAACAAACUUACCGGGACCAACCAUUUCUUAUCGAACAACAACUCAGGAAGGGAAUCUUCGAGAAGCCACUUCAUCCCAGCUUCCACAGUCAGCUCACUUCUCUCUUGGCUUGCCUUACUCGAUCUUUGGGCUUGGAAGAACACCAAACUUUGUCGACACAUUGUCAGUGGGUAUGUCUGGUCAAAUGCGGGAGUGGCCUCAAAUCAUCCCUAAUUCACAGAUGGUAGUCAUUCCUGCUGGAGAACUACCAUCACAGUGGAAGGCACAGUUGUUUGUUACUCCAAGCAAAUUGGUACUCAUGAGCGUUGUUGCUCUGUUAGGUACAUGCGCCAUCAUUACAUUAAUUAUUGGCGCACUUUACUGGAAGGAGAGGAAAGAGGACAAACGAGAAAGGCAGCAGGAGGCGCAUAGGUUCCAUUUUGAUGCAAUGUGAUUGAAAUUUGCUGUUCUAUUGUUAGGGUAUAAAAUUUCUUAUCUGUGAUUGAAACUGAAUUUCAACUCAAGCCACAUUUAGAACUCACAUUGUACAGUAAAAUUCUGUGGCUCAGUGUACUUCAGGAUUUGAGUUGUAGGUAACAAGUUGACCAAGAAUUUUUUUUUGUUCACUUUCUAAUUGUACAUUUGAGUCAUCAAUAUAAUGAGAUUAAUCUGUGCUUUUAAAACACACCCUUUUCAUAAAUUAUGCAGUUAAGGUUUUGGUCAAGUGUGCUGUCUGACUGGGUUAAGUUUGAUUUUGUACCUAUUCUAGUCGUACUUUUUCAUAACUGAAUAAUGGCACUGUUAAGGUUUCCAAUGAAACAAACAAAAAAUUAACAUGGAAAGUAGUAAUUGUCAUGUGAUACUUUUAUCCUGCUAUUCAGUGAUCUUUAGUCAUUUUUAAUGAUGAAACAGAGCUGAAUUCAACGCUGUACGUAAAUAAUAACUGUAAAAGUGUUAGGUUCCACAGUAAUUUUUUCUUUAUUGCAAAAUGACUCUGUUCUCUGUCUGUAACCAAAUGUGUGCUGACUCAUAUUAUAAUGCUAAUGCCAUCUGGAAAGAAUGUCUAAAUUUUUACCCUGUUAAAUUUCUUGCAAGGUAUCAAAGAACAUUCAUCCUUUUAUUUGUCUAUGCCUGUUAACUUAGCAUUCCUAAACUCUCUAUGUUUAAAACUUCAAUUUUUUAAUUUUUUUUUUAAAGGCAAUCUUGAAUUUAGUCUAGAAGGUGUCAAAUAAGAUGUGUUUAUGUUUGUAUGUCAUUUAAGUAAGAUGAGUGUAAGACACAGUGCUUUUGAUUAUGCUAUUUUGUUCUAUUUUUAUUUUGUAGUAAGUUAUUGUUGAUUGAAUAAGUAAUCUGUAAUCUGAUGAGUGAUAUUUAUGUGUAUAGACCCUCUCAGUGUAAGAAAUUUUUAAUAAAAUAUUUUUUGUUCUGACGUUGAUAA